AUGGCGCUUCCGAACGAACCUCCCAAGGACUACCAGACGCCGGGCUUUCCGUCCCUGAAUAUCCAGACCCUUUAUGACAACACCAGCGAUAAACGAUACACGCUCUACUAUAUCUUGGAUGUUUGGCGGUUCACUCUACUAUGGACAAUCAUCAUUUACGCAUGCUUCCACUUGGCUGCGGUUCUGAUUGCCAUGUUCAACCAUGGAUGGAAGAAGUCGUCGUGGAAGUAUCUAUGGGCGGCUCCUAUCAUAUACCUCGUCAUAGCAGGACUUGAAGCCGUCCUCGCUGGGAGCAUUGUGGGCUUGGUGCUGGGCGCUGUCUACUCUGCCGGAUACUACGAGAUGAACACUUGGAUCCCAUGCACCUGGGGAUUCAUCAACGUUCUGGUCCUCAUUAUCUCAUCCUUCUCGAUACAAGGCGGACUUUAG